AUGUCCUCAGCACUACUAAUAUGUGAAGCAACCCUUCCAAUUUGGAAGGAACACUUCAAGACCUUGCUGAACCGGCUAGCACCGUCAGCUCCUAAACUCAAGCACGUCCAUAGGCCGACAUAUGCGGUUAACGAGGAACCACCAACCGAGGCGGAGGUUCUAGUCUGUAUUCAGGAAAUGAAGAAUGGAAAAUCUGGUGGAGACGACGGGAUUAGCGCAGAAAUGCUAAAAUAUCUUCUUCCUUCUGGGAUUCGUGAGAUGACAAAGAUCAUCCGUUCAGUAUGGAUAGACGAAAGGAUACCUGAUUCGUGGAAAAACGCUAUCAUAAUUCCCCUCCACAAGAAGUUAUCCGUCACGGACCCAAGGAAUUAUCGAGGAAUCUCCUUGCUGCGUGUUAUGUACAAGGUAUUGGAGCGCAUUAUCCUAGACCGACUCACUAAACAUCGCGAAGAAACAACGCGCUACGAGCAAGCUGGCUUUCGUCCUGGUCGAUCUACGAUUGACCAAGUGUUCAUCGUCAGGAGAGUGAUCGAAAUCUGGCAGCGGUAUUCGAAGCCAAUGCAACUAGUGUUUCUGGACUUUAAAGCCGCGUUCGACUCUCCUCACCGAGGCCGUCUUCUCAACGCGCUGAGCGCCGAUGGAGUACCAGGAAAGAUCGUUCGCUUGCUUGAUGACAUGAAUCAACGAACAACUGCUGCAGUUCGAACACCAGCCGGAUGUACAACACCGUUUGAAGUGGUAACUGGAGUAAGACAAGAGGCGGUGGCAGGACCCUUCCUGUUCAAUUUCGCCAUCGACGACAUUAUGCGAAGAACAGUCGACCAGUGUCCUGCCGACAUUAUCUUAGCACCGUCAGGGUGCCCCUUGACUGACCUCGAGUACGCCGACGAUGUUGUUAUAUUCGCGGAAAGCAGUACGAAACUUCAACAUCUUGUCAACCUUGUAUCGAAGCUGGCUGCAGCCUAUGGACUACGCCUACGCCCUGAUAAAUGUAAGCAAAUGUGGAUCUCUUCGAGACUAGGAACGGGAAUCAGGGUGGACGGACAACCGAUAGAACUCGUCGAUGAGUUGUGUUACCUAGGCUGUACGCUGAAGAACAAUGGCAGCUGCGACAGAGAUGUUCAGCAAAGAUGCGCUAAGGCCACUUCUGCAUCUAACUCCUUAACGAAAUGCCUGUGGUCGACCCCCAUCACCAACGAAGUCAAGCUGCGAGUCUACCUAUCCGCACUUCGCCCCAUCAUGAUGCACGGAUCGGAGACUUGGGCAGCACCAUCAACGGUUAUGGAGAGGCUUGACUGCACGGAACGAAAGCUUCUUAGACGGCUACUUGGCUACUUUUGGCCUAGGGUAUGCCACAAUGAAGAUCUUUACGCAGAAAUUGAUGUGGUUUACCGGAGGAUGACACGUGGAAAAUAUCAUCAUCUUGCACCGCCUUCGAAAGCGGCUAAAGUAAAUCGUCUUCGCUACUUUGGUCAUAUAUUAAGGAGACCGGUAGAUCGCCUUGUCCAACGAGUUCUGAAGAGUUCUUCGGAUUCGAGCUGGAAGAAGCCACCUGGCCGAAAACGGAAGUUCUGGACUGAGGUGGUAAAAGAGGACCUGAGGACGCUCGGCAUGGAUAGGCAGUUCAGGAGAGACGUAAGGUUUUGCAGAAUUUGGAAUAGCGACGAAUGGAUUGAUUCUGUGCAAGCUCUCGCAGAAGAUCGAGAAGGUUGGGCAGAGCUGUGUUCAAGGACGGCACACCUCGGCGAAGAUGUGGGUAAUCGCGUCAGGCGAUGA